AUGAAUGGGAUUGUUGAUGCUUUGGAAGCAAUGGCUCAAGCUUUGGAACAUCAGCCGAAUGUUGGUGAGAAUGAUGCGUCUCGCAAUUUGGCUAUCUUCCAAAGAGAGAAUCCACCUAUUUUCAAGGGAACUCAUGAUCCUGAUGGCGCAUUGACAUGGUUAAAGGAGAUUGAGAGAAUCUUCUGUGUGAUGGAUUGUACUCCAGAUCAGAAGGUUCGGGAGUUCUUGAGGAAGUACUUCCCUGAGGAUGUUCGUGGCAAGAAGGAAAUUGAAUUCCUUAAUUUGAGACAAGGGAAUAAGUCGGUUAUUGAGUAUGCUGCUAAGUUUGGUGAGUUGGCUAAGUUCUAUCAACAUUAUGAUGGACCAACUGGUGAAUUUUCAAAGUGCAUCAAGUUUGAAAACGGGUUGUGCCCAAAAAUAAAGAAGGUGAUUAGUUGCCAGAAGAGCCAACAAAGUCGUGGCAAGCCUUAUGAUGCUCAAGUUUGCAAGGGUAAGCAGAAAGCUACUGAGGGAAAGAGGACUAGUAGGGGAGAUGCUCGUGUUGGUAUUGUGUGCUUCAAGUGUGGCAAGGUUGGUCAUAAGAGUAAUGUGUGUACUGCUGAUGCCAUGAGGUAUAGCUACGAGGAAACCGUAGCUAAUUACCAGAUUUUCGUAGCAAAUCCUAGGCUUCAAAAGGAAGAAGAUGGAUGA